AGAAUGUUUUUUGAAAAUAUUAAAAUAAAAAAGCAAAAUACAACAAGCAUAAAGAGGAGGAAUGGAGGAUUUUUGGGAUAUGGACACGGAGAUGACAAUAGAAAAGGAGAAGGGGAAAAUUUGGAAAGAUUUCCCAACUUCGAGGCAGGAAUUUUUUAAAAUUAAUGAUUAGUGAUCAAGCAACAAGAACAUAUUGACAAGUUAUUAGGUAGAGGUGAUC